UGCCCCUUUUACUGGCGACGGCGAGCGCGGCGGCCUCAGUGGGUGCGCGGCGGCGGCGGCGGCGGCGACGGAGGAGGCGGCGGCGGAGGGGGAGCGGCAGCCGAGCGAGGCGACGGGCGCGGCCGGAGGCGGGCGAGGCGAGGGCGGCGGCGGCGCGCGGGGCCGGCGGCGGCGGCGGCGGCGAAGGGGCGGAAGAUGGCGGACGUGCUCAGCGUCCUGCGACAGUACAACAUCCAGAAGAAGGAGAUUGUGGUGAAGGGGGACGAAGUCAUCUUCGGCGAGUUCUCCUGGCCCAAGAACGUGAAGACCAACUACGUGGUGUGGGGGACGGGAAAGGAAGGCCAGCCCCGGGAGUACUACACCUUGGAUUCCAUCUUGUUCCUCCUCAAUAAUGUGCACCUUUCUCAUCCUGUGUAUGUCCGACGCGCAGCCACUGAAAACAUUCCUGUGGUUAGAAGACCCGACCGAAAAGAUCUGCUUGGCUAUCUCAAUGGUGAAGCAUCAACGUCGGCAAGUAUAGACCGAAGUGCCCCUCUAGAAAUCGGUCUUCAGCGAUCUACUCAAGUCAAACGAGCUGCAGAUGAAGUUUUAGCAGAAGCAAAGAAACCACGAAUUGAGGAUGAAGAGUGUGUGCGCCUUGACAAGGAGAGACUGGCUGCUCGCUUGGAGGGCCACAAAGAAGGGAUUGUGCAGACGGAGCAGAUUAGGUCUUUGUCUGAAGCUAUGUCGGUGGAAAAAAUUGCGGCAAUCAAAGCCAAAAUUAUGGCCAAGAAAAGAUCUACCAUCAAGACUGACUUAGAUGAUGACAUAACUGCUCUUAAACAGAGGAGUUUUGUGGACGCUGAGGUAGAUGUGACCCGGGAUAUUGUCAGCAGAGAGAGAGUGUGGAGGACUCGGACAACUAUCCUGCAGAGCACGGGGAAGAACUUUUCCAAGAAUAUUUUUGCAAUUCUUCAGUCUGUGAAAGCCAGAGAAGAAGGGCGCGCACCUGAGCAGCGACCGGCCCCCAGUGCAGCACCUGUGGACCCCACAUUGCGUACCAAACAGCCUAUCCCAGCUGCCUACAACAGAUACGACCAGGAAAGAUUCAAAGGAAAAGAAGAAACGGAAGGCUUCAAAAUUGACACGAUGGGCACCUACCACGGGAUGACGCUGAAAUCCGUGACGGAGGGUGCGUCGGCCCGUAAGACUCAGACUCCUGCGGCACAACCAGUACCAAGACCAGUUUCUCAAGCAAGACCUCCUCCUAAUCAGAAGAAAGGUUCUCGCACACCCAUUAUCAUAAUCCCUGCCGCUACCACCUCUUUAAUAACCAUGCUGAACGCAAAGGACCUGCUGCAGGACCUGAAAUUUGUCCCAUCAGACGAGAAGAAGAAACAGGGCUGCCAGCGAGAAAACGAGACGCUGAUACAGAGAAGGAAAGACCAGAUGCAGCCGGGGGGCACCGCGCUCAGCGUCACGGUUCCCUACAGAGUCGUAGACCAGCCCCUGAAACUCAUGCCUCAGGACUGGGACCGGGUCGUGGCCGUUUUCGUGCAGGGUCCUGCGUGGCAGUUCAAAGGGUGGCCAUGGCUCUUGCCUGAUGGAUCACCUGUUGACAUAUUUGCUAAAAUUAAAGCCUUCCACCUCAAAUACGAUGAAGUUCGUCUAGACCCCAACGUGCAGAAGUGGGACGUGACGGUGCUGGAGCUCAGCUACCACAAGCGCCAUUUGGACAGGCCGGUUUUCUUACGCUUCUGGGAAACACUGGACAGGUACAUGGUAAAGCAUAAAUCCCACUUGAGGUUCUGAAUUGCGUGGUCUCCCGGCUGGACAUCUGGGUGAAGAAGCGUGGGUGCACCUUCAUCUAAAGACUGGGUGUCUAUGAAUUCCUCACUCACUCACCAAGAAGGUCACAGGCGAGCGGCCGCUCUCAUCCGAUGCUUCUGUCUUCAAAGGGAUCAUAUGACGCCUGUCAUUCAUAGAAGCAAACUUUUUGGCCUACAACUAUUUUUUUAAUAUUAGCCUUCUAGUCUGUAAUGGAAAUUGUAUAUUUUGAUAGAAGUUUUUUCUCCAUUGGUUAAACUAGCAUUACUUAAAACGUGUUUCUUUAGAAAACCGAGGUUGUUAAUGUGUGUAUAUUUAGAGGUUCUGAGGCUCCAGGAGCCAUCUUCUGAUUUUUCAUUGCUCUAUAAUUCCUCUCACUGGAAAUGCUGUGUUAUGGAUGGUAUUAAAUAUUAGUUUCUGGAACUUGCAAAACCAAGCCAAGGGAUGUGACUAUUUGGAAUGACUCAGAAUGUCAGCCUGUAUGUAGACUGUAUCUCUACUUAGUCUUUAUUUAAAAAGGAAGAAUGAAAAAUCAAGAACACUUCUUGAGCUCUGGUUGAACUGCUUAGCCUUUUCGAGACUUCCUUCCUUAUAUCGCAUACAUUGAGUGAAUGUACGCUCUUCUCACUGACUUUGCUGAUUUACAACUUAGGAGGGUCUAUUUCUGUCUGGGAUACCUUCCCGCUAGGAAAAUUCAAAGCCGAUGAAAGCCCAGUAGGCUACAGGACUUUCUAGCUGGGAGCCAGAGUGUGACUCGGGGCAGAAGUGCAUUCGCCUACUGCAGUGCCAUUUCCGCUUCCUUACUGCUCUCCUGCGCCCACUCUGGUUCUCCCCUUAGAGGUGUGGGAUUUCGAGUCUUCUGUCCCAUUAGCCCUAAAUGCCGAUAAAUUCUCCCGGCACCAAAGAACACAGUUGCUUAAGAAGUGUCUGAACAGAAACAAGAUAAAAACACUGGUAUUUUUAUGUGCGCAUUCGAUAUCGUAUGAAAUAUAAAGCCUAUAUUUUAACUUAGUAAGUAAGAUAUUUUACUACUUCUCUACUUCAGACAGUGCUGCAUCCGUGUACAAUGAACGAGCAUUUCCCUUGAGUCUUAACGUCACCGUUUUUGCUACUUAAAGUAACUUGGACCCUUUAUUCCCCUAGAGAGUUUUUACCAUUAGAAUCAUUGCCGAUCAUUUGUAUCAUCUCCUCACCCCGCCUCUAUUCCCCUCCGCCCUCCCCCCCCCCCCCCCGUCAUCUCUCUUAGGUUGACAUAUUUUUUUUUGUAAACAUUUAACUCCCCCUCAUGUUCAGAUGCCAUUACCGAACCUCAUUUUGAAGUUGGACGCUGUCAUAAAAAUGAGAAAGCACUUAUUUAUUCUCUAAAUAACCAUGAAAAUCCAUACCUACAGGGAAUGGGAACGUACUUAUCCAUAUGGAAUUCACUGGGCUUUUCAGGAGAAAAGCGUCCAUGUUUAAAAUGACUGGAUUUUAGGGUUUCGAUGAAGUUUGAACAGAUUCUCCUCCCCCUUGCUUUUUCUUCUCUGCAUCCUCCCUUCUUGGAAAUAAAAGAAAACUUAAAUUUGUUCACAUUAGACUAUCAGCGUAGAAGUCUGUUCCCAGACUAAAUUAUGUAUUGCAUCAACUUCCUCCAUGGUUAAAUAGUCAAGGUCUAGAGUCUGUAAUAUUUUAAGGUUACCUAUUGAGACUACUACAAGUGGCCAUGAACUACCUUUCUAUAAAGAUUUUUAGUAUUUAUACUUAUGUGUGAAAUUUGCUUGAUAAGAGUGUGGUUAAAAUUGGGAACAUCUCCUUUAAACAGGACUUAUUUUUCUAUCUUGCAUCUGCCUUCUAUGUACUGGAAGGCUUCUGGAAAUACCGUAAGGAACAUUAGGAAAAGCACGAGUGUGCUCUGCCGUGUAUUUUAAAAUCAGACCCGCAGUAUGUACUUACUUCCUUUGUCUUUUUCUUUUUUCCGCAGCUCAGUCCCUUGUUUAGGUCCAUAUAAUUAAUUUGUAGCCAUUAAUUCUAAAAAACAAAACAAAAAACACCA